AUGAGCGGCCUGGUCUCGCGCCUGGACCCGCGGCGGGUGCCCUGGGGCGCCGCGGGCCAUGCCCUGCGCGCCCGCGUCCUGCGCACCAAGCCCGUGGAGUCGAUGCUGGAGGGCACAGGGACAGCUGCUGGUCAGGGGGCGCGUCUGGCCAAGGUCCUCACCACCCUUGACCUCAUCUCCCUUGGAGUAGGCAGCUGCGUGGGCACCGGAAUGUACGUGGUGUCCGGCCUGGUGGCCAAGGAGAUGGCGGGGCCCGGGGUCAUCGUUUCCUUCAUCAUCGCCGCCGUCGCCUCCAUCUUGUCAGGUGUUUGCUACGCUGAGUUUGGUGUGCGGGUCCCCAAGACCACGGGCUCUGCCUACACCUACAGCUACGUGACGGUGGGCGAAUUCGUAGCAUUCUUCAUCGGCUGGAACCUCAUCUUGGAGUACCUGAUCGGCACGGCCGCAGGUGCCAGUGCCCUCAGCAGCAUGUUCGACUCGCUGGCCAACCACACCAUCAGCCGAUGGAUGAUCAACAGCGUCGGGACGUUGAACGGGCUGGGGAAAGGAGAGGAGUCUUACCCUGACCUUCUUGCUCUGGUCAUCGCUGUCAUUGUCACCAUCAUCGUGGCCAUGGGAGUAAAGAACUCGGUGGGGCUGAACAAUGUGCUCAACGUCAUUAACCUGGCAGUCUGGAUCUUCAUCAUGAUUGCCGGACUCUUCUUCGUCAAAGCUGACAACUGGUCUGAAGGGCAAUUCCUGCCAUUUGGAUGGCCAGGGGUGCUCAAAGGGGCCGCGACAUGUUUCUAUGCCUUCAUCGGCUUCGACAUCAUUGCUACCACGGGAGAAGAAGCAAAGAGUCCCAACACCUCUAUCCCGUAUGCCAUCACGGCCUCACUCGUCGCAUGCUUGACAGCAUACGUGUCCGUGAGCAUCAUCCUCACGCUGAUGGUGCCGUACGAUGCCAUCGACACCGAGUCCCCGCUGAUGGAAAUGUUCGUGGCCCGUGGCUUCUAUGCGGCCAAGUUCAUUGUUGCUAUCGGGUCCGUGGCUGGGCUGACUGUCAGCUUGUUGGGCUCCCUCUUCCCGAUGCCGAGAGUCAUUUAUGCCAUGGCUGGCGAUGGGCUGCUCUUCAGGUUUUUGUCCCACGUCAGCUCCUACACAGAAACUCCGGUGGUGGCUUGUAUCGUCUCUGGGUUCCUCGCGGCUCUGCUCUCCUUGCUGGUCAGCCUGCGGGACCUGAUAGAAAUGAUGUCCAUCGGCACGCUGCUCGCCUACACGCUGGUCUCCGUCUGCGUCCUGCUCCUCCGAUACCAGCCCGAGAGCGACAUCGACGGCUUCGUCAAAUUCCUCUCAGAGGAGCACACCAAGAAGAAGGAGGGCAUCCUGGCUGACUGCGAGAAGGAGGCCUGCUCCCCAGGGAGCGAAGGAGAAGAAUUCGCAGGCCCACCGACCAACACAUGUGGGGCAAAAAACCUUCCGUCGCUGGGGGACAACGAGAUGCUCAUCGGGAAAUCCGAUAAAUCCACCUACAGCGUGAAUCACCCCAAUUACGGCACGGUCGACAUGACCUCGGGGAUCGAGGCAGACGAGUCUGAGAACAUCUACCUCAUCAAGCUGAAGAAGCUGAUCGGCCCUCGCUACUACACCAUGCGGAUCCACCUGGGGCUGCCAGGGAAGAUGGAUCGCCCCACAGUGGCCACCGGCCACACGGUCACCACCUGCGUGCUCCUGCUCUUCGUCCUGAUGUUCAUCUUCUGCUCCUUCAUCAUUUUCGGGGCUGACUACAUCUACGAGCAGAGCUGGUGGGCUGUCCUCCUCGUCGUGCUGAUGAUCCUGCUCAUCGUCGUGCUGGUGUUUGUGAUCCUGCAGCAGCCAGAAAACCCCAAGAAGCUGCCCUACAUGGCGCCUUGCCUCCCCUUUGUCCCUGCCUUCGCCAUGCUGGUGAAUAUCUAUCUCAUGCUGAAGCUCUCCACAGUCACAUGGAUCCGAUUUGCCGUCUGGUGUUUUGUGGGUCUGCUCAUUUACUUCGGCUACGGGAUGUGGAACAGCACGCUGGAGAUCAGCGCCCGCGAGGAGGCCCUGCACCAGAGCACCUACCAGCGCUACGACGUGGACGUCGACCCCUUCUCCGCGGACGACGGCUUCUCCUAUGCCGCCGAGGGCGAGAGCUACCCGGGCUGGGGCCCCGCCGAGGACAAGGGCUUCUCGUACCAGCAAAUGGCGGGAGCAAAGGAAAGCCAUCGGACCAGUAGCAGAUCGAAAAGCAAAGGCAGGCACAAACCGCCCUCGGAAGCCCUGAUCGCUAACGACGAGCUGGACUACUCGCCCGAGUAG